GGUGUUGGAACGAUUUAUUAUUUAUUUUUAUUUUUAGAGAAAAACGUUUACCGUCUACAGUGCUGCGACAUCUUGGUACGUCAUCAAAAAGCGCGUCGUUGUUGAGAGCGCUCAGCAGAGAAGGCAGGAUUGCAGCAUACCGUAAGGAAAAGGGAUUUUAAAUUUGAUUAGACGGAACUAUAAACCACCAAUUAAGUCAUUUAGAACAGCAGGUAUUCUGGCUUUGUAUUUAAGUACCUCUACGCAGGCUGUCUGUAUAUUCAAUUGUCUCAAAAAACUCAGUAACUAAAAAUAUUAAAUAGUUUCUGGAUAUACCCGACUGAACCUUGCCAUGUGUCAAGUUGAUGAAGACGCUCAUAAAGACGCUCAGCUGGAGACUAAAGCUGUUCUGAGUGUUUCUCAGAAAUGUAUGAAAUGUAAAGAAGGCUCAGCUGUGCUGAUUAUUCGAGUUGGAGAUGCCUUUUGCGGGAACUGCUUUAGGGAGUAUUUUGUACACAAGUUCCGAGCCAUGUUGGGGAAAAACCGUCUUAUUUUUCCCGGGGAGAAGGUUUUACUUUCGGUGUCUGGAGGUCCUGCAUCCAGUGCUCUGCUCUCUCAGGUCCAAGAGGGUUUGCGUCGUGAAACAUCAAAAAAGCUGCGUUUUGUUCCUGGGGUAAUCUAUGUUGACGAGGGAGCUGCUUGUGGGCAGAGCCUAGAAGAGCGAGGUGAAGUAAAAAGCCAGCUGGAAUCGAUAUUCCGAGCAUCUGGAUUCCCAUUCUAUAUAGUCCACUUAGAGGAGGUUUUCAAUCUCCCCAGUUCAGUCCUGCUGUCUGCGUCCUCGGCCUCAGACAGGCGGAAUGAGAGCUACAAAGAGGCAGUGGAUGGAUUUAUUCAGCGUGCCAGCUCCGGAACCCAGAGUGAGACUCGUCAGGGGUCCAGUUCAUACAAGGAGGUCCAAACCCUUCUGUCUGAGCUCAGUACCCAGGAGUGGUCUGGAGAGGGGGGCACAGUGACCAACAGGAGCCCACCCUUCACUCCAGAGCAGACCGAGGCUGUAAGGACACUGCUGGCUUCAGUGAAGACUUUGACCGCCAGGGAGGAGCUGCUGAAGACCCUAAGGCAACACCUGAUUCUGCACACAGCCAGGGUCAGAGGUUACUCAAAGGUGAUGAUGGGAGACAGCUGCUCUCGUCUGGCCGUUAAGCUGCUCACCAACAUCUCCCUGGGGAGAGGGGCAUUCCUCGCCAUGGACACGGGUUUCUCUGACACCCGCUAUGGAGAUAUUGCCAUAGUCAGACCCAUGAGAGAGUACUCCUCUAAAGAAAUUGCCUUCUAUAACAGGAUGUUUAAGGUCCCCUCUGUUUUCACCUCUGCUCUUGACACUAAGGAACCAGAAAAAGCAAGCAUUCAUCGCCUGACAGAGAGCUUCAUCAGUAAACUUCAGGCUGACUUCCCCUCCACUGUCAGUACCAUUUACAGGACAAGUGAGAAGCUCAACACUGCCUGCCCUCGUCCUAUCGCUGAUGGAGAGUUGACAGAGAAAUGCCUGCUGUGCCUCUGCGCCUUGGACACUGGAGCAGAGGAGGCCACCGCAUUCCACGCCACGCUUAUCUCUGAGAACCUCUCUCGUAAUAGGACGCCUGACACCAUCCCUGCCCUGGGGGUUGCUAAGCAACAGUGCUGUGCUUCUGGUGGGGAGCAGAAAGAGAGCUGUGGGGACAGGGUGGAUGGCUGUCAUUCAGUGGACAGGACCAGCUUCACCCCUGAGCUUCAAACCCUGUUGUGUUACAGCUGCAGGCUGAUCAUUAAAGACAUGACCUCUGUAAACUCUAUACCCGAGUACAUCCUAUCCGAAGCAGAACGCAGGAAACGGAGGGCUCAGAUGAAAGAGGAGAUCCAAGACUUCCUACUGAAUCCGGAGAAUGAUGCAGGGGAGGUGACAGUUAGUUGACACUCGACUGGGAUGUGAUGUUAGACACUUUAUUUAUUUAGAUACCUGGAUGAACUCUACACCUUGUAGUCCUCACAGCAGGUGUGCCUUAUAAAACACAAGACUGUUGUUGGGAGUUUUAAGGUGUGGCUCUUGCAUUUAGUAUUUUACCUUCUAUUUUAAGCAUUUCUGCAGUGCCUAGAUACCUUUGGUGCACAUGCCUGCUAAUGUCAAAAGACAAAUUAGUGAAGAGCUUACCGCAAUACCAAUAAAUCCUUUUCGAAGCGGUAAGUCUGUCUUCUAUCUAAUCAGGUGACAGCUGGCGCCUCUUUUUAUCUGUUUUUGUUAGCUUGUUUUAAAAGUCUCAAUUUUUUUGUACCAAGUCACCUGUAUUAAAAUACCUCUUUUUAAAAUCUUAUUUUUUAUAUACUGUCUUCACAGCAAGUAUUGUCGGGGCCCUUUUGUCUAAUGUGUGAUUUAUCUUCAGGUGUGUAAGUGCAUAGUACAUACAUGUUUUCUUUUUUUGUCAUUUUUAAUGUGGAAAUUAAAUAGCAGAGUGAUUUUUGGAUACUGAAACAGAUCAAUAAUCCAGCAGAAUUGUUGUGUGGGUGUGGUAAAGGAAGGUGCGGUAUAAGCAGUUUUAUUAUUGGGGUAAUUAAUCAUCUUGAGUAGAUAUAUCUAAGAGUACUGAUCCUGUGUAAAGCCACAUGCAGUAGUGAUAAAGACCACCUAUCUUGACAAAGGAACACAGAGUAUGCACCUUUUAAACACAACAUACUGAGGUUUUACCAGAAAAAAACAAAACAAAUUAUUUUAAUUUGAUCAGGUAAAAGCUAAGCAUUUUGAGACAGUUACAACAAUGACAUUUAUCAAAAUACUGUAUCACUAUUCUUUUUUUAUUUACUCGGUGAAAGUAUUGCUUUUUAGUGUUACAACUAUUCCAGCAUGUUCAUCUCAAACCUCCACCAACAAGUCGGUAUGAUUACAAAUAUUCCAUUAUGUCCAUCCUGGCUACAGGAUUUUAUUGACUCCAACUCGAGCUGGCCGUGCUCUGGCUCCGGUAGCUCGGCUCCAGCUCCAGAGCUGAUGGAGACCCCUGCUCCAGCUGCAGACAGGCUCUAGAGUUGAUGGAAACCCCCGUCACAGCUCCACACUGGCUCCAGAGCUGAUGGGCCCCGCCACAGCUCCAGAGCUGAUGGAGACCCCCACUCCAGCUCCAGAGUUGAUGGAAACCCCCGUCACAGCUCCACACUGGCUCCAGAGCUGAUGGACCCCCCCACAGCUCCAGAGCUGAUGGAGACCCCCGCUCUAGCUCCAGACUGGCUCCAAAGUUGAUGGAAACCCCCGCCACAGCUCCACACUGGCUCCAGAGCUGAUGGAGACCCCCGCCACAGCUCCAGAGCUGAUGGAGACCCCCUGUUCCAGCUCCAAAGGUGAUGGAGACCCCUGCCACAGCUCCAGACUGGCUCCAGCAGCCCCAGCCUCAGCUCUGGAGCAGCUCCACACUGCUGCUACAGCUGCUAUUAGCCACCAAAACUUCUAAUCAGUAAUAUAUGUUCUUCACUAUCAUAGUAACAUCCUAUUUAAGUUUUUUUAAUUGUUCAGAUCAGGUUACAUGUGUUUUUUAAAUAAAAGACAAGAAUGUGAA